AGCACACAAACGCUCUCGAGCCACGUUCUUUUAACGGAAUUCAAAAUACCACGACAUAUUCAACACAUUCUCUCUGUAUCUCCGGCGAAAGAAACAACAACUUCGAAUCUCAGGCGCCGGCUGGCGGGAGCUCAUUUCCUCCGCUGUUGUAGUUGCAAGUAAAUUUUGAGGACACAAUGGCAAUGGCUGACGAGCCACUGUACCCAAUAGCUGUGUUGAUAGAGGAGCUAAAGAAUGAUGACAUUCAACUGCGGUUGAAUUCUGUCCGGAGGCUAUCUACUAUAGCACGUGCACUUGGGGAGGAAAGAACUCGGAAGGAGUUAAUCCCAUUCCUGAGUGAGAACAAUGAUGAUGAUGAUGAGGUGUUGCUUGCAAUGGCAGAGGAGUUAGCUGUGUUUAUUCCUUAUGUUGGAGGUGUGGAGCAUGCUCAUGUGUUGCUACCGCCCUUAGAGACACUUUGCUCAGUGGAGGAGACCUGUGUGAGAGAAAAGGCUGUGGAAUCCUUGUGCAGAAUUGGGGCUCAGAUGCGGGAGGCUGAUUUGGUUGAUUGGUUUAUUCCUCUUGUUAAGAGGCUGGCAGCUGGUGAAUGGUUUACUGCCAGAGUGUCUGCAUGUGGACUCUUUCAUAUUGCUUAUGCAAGUGCCUCUGAGGCACUAAAGACAGAAUUGCGGUCAUUAUACAGCCAGCUAUGCCAGGAUGAUAUGCCUAUGGUAAGAAGGUCUGCUGCAACAAACCUGGCAAAGUUUGCUGUUAGUGUCGAACCUGCUCACCUCAAGACUGACAUCAUGUCAAUAUUUGAUGAUCUUACUCAUGAUGAUCAGGACUCUGUUCGCCUAUUAGCUGUAGAGGGCUGUGGUGCUUUAGGCAAAUUACUGGAGCCCCAAGAUUGUAUUGGCCAUAUCUUGCCUGUUGUGGUCAACUUCUCUCAGGAUAAGUCUUGGCGUGUGCGGUAUUUGGUUGCAAACCAGUUAUAUGAGCUAUGUGAAGCUGUUGGGCCCGAACCAACAAGGACGGAUUUGGUUCCUGCUUAUGUACGCUUACUUCGAGAUAAUGAAGCGGAAGUACGUAUAGCUGCUGCUGGGAAAGUCACCAAAUUUUGUCGGAUUCUUAGUCCUGAACUUGCUAUUCAGCAUAUUCUUCCAUGUGUGAAGGAAUUGUCAUCAGAUUCUUCCCAGCAUGUGCGAUCUGCUUUGGCUUCUGUCAUAAUGGGAAUGGCUCCUAUUUUGGGGAAAGAUGCAACCAUUGAACAUCUACUUCCAAUAUUUCUUUCUCUUCUGAAGGAUGAAUUUCCUGAUGUACGACUUAACAUUAUUAGCAAGUUGGAUCAAGUCAACCAGGUUAUUGGAAUUGAUUUGUUAUCCCAAUCUCUACUACCGGCAAUAGUUGAGCUUGCAGAGGACAGGCAUUGGAGAGUUCGUCUUGCAAUAAUUGAAUACAUACCUUUGUUGGCUAGUCAACUGGGUAUUGAUUUUUUUGAUGAUAAGCUUGGAGCUCUUUGUAUGCAGUGGCUGCAGGACAAGGUUCAUUCAAUAAGAGAUGCUGCUGCUAAUAACUUGAAGCGCCUAGCAGAAGAAUUUGGUCCAGAAUGGGCAAUGCAGCACAUCAUUCCUCAGGUCUUGGAUAUGGUCACUAAUCCCCAUUAUUUGUACCGAAUGACAAUUCUCCGUGCAAUUUCAUUGCUUGCACCUGUUAUGGGCUCUGAGAUAACAUGUUCCAAAUUGCUGCCUGCCAUCAUUACAGCAUCUAAGGAUAGAGUGCCCAACAUCAAAUUUAACGUAGCAAAGGUUUUACAGUCACUUAUCCCCAUUGUUGACCAAUCAGUGGCAGAAAAAAUCAUUCGUCCCUGUUUGAUAGAGUUGGCAGAGGAUCCUGAUGUCGAUGUUCGCUUUUAUGCCAAUCAAGCACUUCAGUCAAUUGAUAAGGUCAUGAUGUCAAGCUAGAUGAAGCUUAGAAGGGAACUUGCACUGGACACAUCUUCUCUAAGUUUAACCUUUUGCUGAUAUUAUGGAGGUUCCAUGAUCUGCAGGGCAUAUGUAUUGUUGUUCUUUGUUAAUUAAGCUUAUUUUUUCUCUCAUAGUCUGUUUUUCAUAGAAAUCUGCUAGUGAAAUGCUAUGACUAAUGCUCUAUAUAUCCAUACUCAUUUUGGUGAGUUUGAUUUUAAUUAAUUUGUAAUCAUAUUUUAUAUUUAUUUUUAUUCACUUUCAAGUUUGAAUCGAAACUUUUGUGCUACUCUUGUUUCA